CUUAUCGCCGCUGUUUCGUUAUAAAUUUUAAGGUGAGGCGUUCUUCUGUGGAUAAAAGUGGUUCGAAGAUGAAUCAUUGCAACCUUCAGCAGAACGCCUUCAUGUCCUCUGGCGAAUCCAGACAAUUUGUUGUUCCUGAAUCUUCUGUUGUUUGUCCUAAGCCUCGUCGCGUUAGCAUCCUCUCCAGUAACGUUGUUCAUCAGCUUAAAUCACAUUCCAGUAAACCAGAAGCUGAUGAUGAUGUAUGUGAUUCUCAAGCCGGGGCAGAGCUUUUGGACAUCAUUCGUAGAAAGGGAGAAACAUUAUCUGCUGUAGCUUCAUCUCCUCCAUAUUUUCUUGGGUCUCCCCCAAGCAGAGUAUCAAACCCGUUAGCACAAGAUGCACGAUUUGGAGAUGAAAAACUCAACACUGUCUCACCCUCACUCUCACCAUUCCUCCCAUCUUCAUCUCCAUCGCCAUCUCGUGUCAAAGGAGGGGGUUGUGGUGGUCGCGUGAAGUUUGGGAUUAAACCGGCAGCUGUUAGAGUAGAAGGAUUCAACUGCUUAAACAGGGACCGCCAAAGCUCCAACAUAUAUGCCAUGGCUUAGAAGACGGAAAGAAAGAAGAAGGAACAGAGAUUCACAAAAAAAAAAGUGUAUAUAAAAGCCAGAAUCAAGACUCCCUGUUAUAAGCAUAUAUUUGUAUUUUUGAAGGUGAAGAGGAAAGUUAAAGAUCAGUGUCUACAUCACCAGUUAAGUCUUUUACCGCAGUUUUCUUUAACUUUGAGAUCGAUAUUGUGUAUAUAUACCGUAACCAAAGAUGUGUUAAUCUUCUCUUUAUUGAGUCUCGUUGUAACAUAUUAAACCAAUUUGGAGUCUUUGUUCCUUUUCUUUUUGUAUGUAAAAAAGCUUGUAUAAACACUGGAGAUUCACAAUCUUUGUAAAAUGUAACUUCGAUAAAUAUGAAUACUCUUUAUUAUUCAAUCAAGUCUCUAUAUUGGCGCCUAAUUCGCUUGUCACGUACGGAUAUACACGAGAGGAAAGGAACGACGUGUAAUGGCGAAUGAUACGGAGUUGUCGGUCGGUGACUUGCGAAGAAGAUCCGUAACGUGAUACUUACGGAGUUACGGUCUAUUCAACGUCGAAGAUUCCAUCAAUGUUGUGCCGUGAACAAAACAUGUAAACUCAUGGACUAGUUGAAGUAAUGGAAACGAGUUCUGAGUAGUUA